UGUGUCCCAAAGAAGAACAUCUUUCAAGAAAUAGAGUCAUUGGGGGUGAUAUUAGAUCCACAAUGGAGGUUCCCCCAGCAUCCAAGCUUGGUGAGACCUUUGUGUUUGAAGAUGGGUUAGAGAUGCAGCAAGAACUUUUCCCAGAGGAGGACCUAGGGGAAUCAUUCCUUCAGGAAAGAGGUUUAGAGCAAAUGGCUGUUAUCUAUAAAGAGAUCCCUCUUGGGGAGCCAAGUGAGGAACAUGAUGAUUAUGAGGGGAAUUUCAGUCUGUGCUCAAGCCCUGUUCAGCAUCAGAGUAUCCCCCAAGUAAACAAACCCCAGAAUGAUGAAAUAUUCGGCCAAACCUUCCUCCAGAAAUCAGACCUUAGUAUGUGUCAGUUAAUCCAUGGUGGAGAAGAACCCAGUAAACCUGACAAUGAGCUAGUGGGCAGGGGGGACUCGGGACCGAAUGAAACUCACAGAACUGCACAACCACCAAAACCCUAUGCGUGUCGGGAAUGUGGGAAGGCCUUCAGCCAGAGCUCACACCUUCUCAGACACCUGGUGAUCCACACUGGGGAGAAGCCCUACGAGUGCUGUGAGUGUGGGAAGGCCUUCAGCCAGAGCUCACACCUUCUCAGACAUCAGAUUAUCCACACUGGGGAGAAGCCCUAUGAAUGCCCAGAAUGUGGAAAAGCCUUUCGCCAGAGCUCAGCCCUUACACAACAUCAGAAAACUCACAGUGGGAAGAGACCCUAUGAAUGUAGGGAAUGCGGGAAAGAUUUCAGUCGGAGCUCAAGUCUCAGAAAACACGAGAGAAUUCAUACUGGAGAGAAACCUUAUCAGUGUAAGGAAUGUGGGAAAUCCUUCAACCAGAGUUCAGGCCUGAGCCAGCAUCGGAAAAUCCACACCCUAAAAAAACCUCAUGAAUGUGAUCUCUGCGGGAAAGCCUUUUGUCACAGGUCCCACCUCAUUCGGCACCAGAGGAUUCACACUGGGAAGAAACCGUACAAAUGUGAAGAGUGUGGCAAGGCCUUCAGCCAGAGCUCCAACCUCAUUGAGCAUCGGAAGACCCACACCGGUGAGAAACCCUACAAAUGCCAUAAGUGUGGGAAAGCCUUCAGCCAGAGUUCCUCCCUCAUCGAGCACCAGCGGAUUCACACUGGGGAGAAGCCUUAUGAGUGCAGCCAGUGUGGGAAGGCCUUCUGCCACAGCUCUGCAUUGAUUCAGCACCAGAGAAUCCACACUGGGAAGAAACCCUACACAUGCAACGAGUGUGGCAAAGCCUUUAGGCACAGGUCAGCCCUUAUCGAACACUAUAAAACCCACACCAGAGAGAAACCCUACGAGUGUAACAAAUGUGGCAAGUCUUUCAGGGGGAGCUCACACCUUAUUCGGCAUCAGAAAAUCCAUGCUGGGGAGAAGCUCUAGAAGGAGGAGCUCACACCAAAGCUUGAAAGCCUUUCCCAGAUGGAGCCCGCACUCAAUCACUUUGUCUGCGAGGCCCCGCCCACCUUCCCAAUGAUAGUGCUGAACCUAGGUGCUCCUGAACACUCACACCAGCAGCAAGGCCCCCUUGUGGCCAGGUGCCCUGUGAGCUGCAGGUUUACUGAGCGCAAGGGAGGGUGGGGGAUAGGAAGACCGCCAGAAUGGCUGAGCACCCGAAAAGAGAGCAGGCCUUCGGUUUUCUCAUUCUCACAUUUGACUUCCAAGCCUAUGAGGUUUAGUUUUGCCCUCUAUUCCAGAAUCCAGAAGAGGAAUAAAUGUAAGAGGGAGAAAGUUGGGUUAAACCCAUGUUCUCAGGUGAGAACAUCAGGCUACAGUGUGGCACUUGUAGAAGAAAUAACCAUUCUCACAGUCCAAAUUAGCUGAAGGAAAAGGAAUCCAAAAAGUAGAUACCUCAGCCACAAAAUCGAAUCUUCUAUCUGGCUUAGGCACUUGUAGGGACAACCAAAAUAGGUCACAGAACAGAGGGAGUAUCGGGAAGGAUUAGUUCUGGGACUGCGUGAGGGUGUGAGUCCCUGGUGUGGUCUCUUAAUCCUGUUCUGCGUUAGUGUGAGGGUGUGCUCUUCCAAGGAGAGUAGAGGUUUGGUCCUGCAGGCCAGAGGACGUUUGAUUCCCAGCUCUGACUCAGCCCAUGCUGAGGCAUCAGUGCCCUCCAGGAGAACCAAGGCUCCCAAAACCACAGUGUGCCUUGGACAUCAGCAGGGCCCAUCUCUGGUCUGGCAGCUAUGCAGCCUUUCUGCCUUCCAGUGCAGGGUUGGUGAGGGUGGGGGGAUAUUGGAAGCAGGGUGAUUCAGAGGUCUGGGUUCAAGUCUCAGUUCCAUCCCUCCUACUUAUGUGACUUUGAGGAAGCCCCAAGGCUCUGUUUUCCUAUCUGUGAAAUGGAGAUAGUGAGGCCUGGCCACAUACUUCAAAGGGUUAGUGCAAGGCUCCCAUUCAGAAUGAGACCACAUAUGAAAGUGCUUUGGCAGUUGAGUGUGGAUACCCAGAGUGACCCCUGCCUCACCUGGAAACACUGUCCCUGAAACCUGGAGAGCAUCCCCAUCUGGUCCCUGAAAUGGCAGAGCUUGCAGCAGGUCCUCAUUAAGCCACACUCCCAUACUCCCUCAGGAUUGCACCCUGGGCUGGAGGUGCCCUGUGUUUGCUACACACAGAUGUCUCCUGGAGGCCAUCCUGAGCCUGCCUGUGGUGGCAGUGCAGUUCAUGUCCCUGUACUUCUCUCUGUUCUCCCCACUGCAAACUGGUGUUCAACUGGGGAUUCAUCCCAUGUGGACCAAUUCAGUGGGCAUCCCCAGAGGUGGGACUCAGUGGUGUUUUUAAGCUCCCAGGUGAUUAUAAUGUCCCAGCACUCAGCCAGGCUGUGAGCUCUGUGCUGGGCACCCAUGCAGCCCCAGCAUCUCCCAAAUGUCAGGCCUGUUUGCCCCGACUGAACAGAGCUUGAAGGUGGCCAUUGUGUCUCAGUCCCCCAAGAAUGGGCUCCAGCAGUGAGGGCAGUGGCAGGUCUGGCUAGUUGGUAAUUGUUUGUCUCAGGCCCUCAGUCCUUCAUGUGGCCAUGGGGAUCUUUAACACUAGCUUUCUCCCCUACCAGGCUCCUCAGCUAGUGUGGAGGAGGCAGUCUGAGCUAUUUUGAAGUUUUCCAAAUGUUUAUGGCUGAUUCCCUUGAACCCAUCGUGGUAAAGCUGGUUAUUUCAGCUAAUCAGAAGCUCAGCUUGGCAGUUAUGUGGUUUUGAUGAAUAAAAUGGGAGAGCCAUAAUUGUUACUAAGUGGGGCUUGUUAGGCAGAGAUUUUAAAAGGACUAGUCUGAUAGGCUGGGGAGACAACCUCUGUCAAGUCUCUCUCUUUGCUAUGUGAGUAUGUGAAAGAUUUAACCAGCACCCCAGAGUCCCCCAGAACCUGCUGCACCACAGCUGGACUGGCCUGGCAUGACCAGGUGGCACCUGGGCAUUGUUGGUAGGAGGCCUGCACCCACAGUGUUCAGUCAUUUAUCAGGAGUGAGGAGAGAAUGCUGAGACCCCUGCUUGGUGCGGGCGACAGCAGCCACCACCACCCCUAGAUCUACCUCCUUGGCACCCUUCCCUCAUUCUGCCUCAGCCCUGGCCAGGCCUGUCCCUGUCAGGCAGUCAUCUGUUUCCUUACUACCUUUGGUGUCUGCCUCCUGUACACCCUAACCAAAUUGAUUUUUUUAAAAGCAUCACUUUGCACAUCACCACUCUCCUUAAAACCAACCUUUGGGGGCUUUUUUGCACGUGAACCCCCAUUUCAGCCAAUCUGCUCCACCCCCUCUAAACAAACCACAGGGAGUUCAUGCCAGCCUCUGUCCUCAGUUCACUCCCAGCUUCUCAACUCGCUUUAUGCUGUUCUGACGUUUUGGAAUGUGCACUUUUCCUCUGCCACAACCUGUCUGCUUUAUUCCUUUUGACAGUUUAUGUAACCCAGGAUUAAAAUCCCUUUCUAAAGGGUUGACAGAUUCUCAAAUAACCAUGGGUAAGACCAGGUACUUUUCAUUUUUUGGAAGUGUGAGCAGAACCUAAUUCCUUCUGUUCAAUUUAUUUCAGUUUGAUUAUGUAUUUAAAUUCCCGUCAUUUGAUUUAGGUUCUCAGUGUAAUGUUAUAAGGGAUUGCCUUGGUAAUAGUUUCAUCCUUGAAUUUCGUUUGUUUUUGUUGUCUUACGUUUUUUUCCCUCAUGGCGGGUGUUGAGUGUUGUAAAGCUCCAACUCUUGACUUCGUUUACUUAAUUGAAUUGUUGUGUCAAAGUAUAUGUAUUCUGUUUUCGUUUUUGGCUUAAUACUUUAUG